CUGCUACCCCUUGAGUUCACAGGCGCGAGCUUCAGUCUGGCGAAGAAGAACAGUGUAGUGUUGUUGUUACUUCAAUUAUUAUCGAUUACACUGUAGCAAAAGAUGACGGAAAAGAUACAUUUUUUGUUCUUUUUGCUGCAACUUUGCACGGUUGGACUCUUGCUGGGGGUGAACGGUGAUAUCUGUAAGGUGAAUGUUUGCUCUAAUGGUGGAACUUGUGUGACCAGAGAAGGAGAUCCAUUCAUUUGCAUCUGCCCUGACGGCUUCACUGGAGAGACAUGCAAUGAGACCGAGACAGGCCCCUGCAAACCCAACCCAUGCAAGAAUGGCGCCGUGUGCAGCGUGACGGGCCACUCGCGCCGCGGUGACGUCUUCAGCGAGUACGUCUGCAAGUGCCAGCCAGGAUUUGAGGGAGUCCACUGCCAGAACGGUGUCUAUGGGGCAGAUUUAAGCUCAAGAAAAGAUGUCAAUGACUGUGCCGGCCAGCCGUGCCAGAACGGCGGCACCUGCAGGGACCUGGAGGGGGAUUUUAAAUGCCAAUGCCCGUCGCCUUAUGUGGGCAAACACUGCCAGCUGCGCUGCAUUUCCUUGCUUGGUAUGGAGGGAGGAGGUGUGGGUGAGUCCCAGAUCUCUGCCUCGUCGGUCCGCUACACCUUCUUGGGCCUGCAACGCUGGGGCUCCGAGCUGGCCCGUCUCAACAACAAGGGGCUGGUGAACGCCUGGAGCCCCGCCACGCAUGACAGGAACCCCUGGUUGGAGGUCAACUUGCAGCGGAAGAUGCGCCUCACGGGUAUUGUGACGCAGGGCGCCAGUCGCGUGGGAACGUCUGAGUUCAUCAAAGCCUUUAAAGUGGCCUCCAGCCUGGACGGCAAGACGUACACAGUGUACAGGACCGAAGGACAGAGGAAGGACCAAAUAUUUGUUGGAAACAUCGACAAUGACGGCACAAAAACAAACGUGUUCGACCCGCCCAUCAUCGCUCAGUACAUUCGCAUCAUCCCAGUGGUGUGUCGUAAGGCCUGCACCCUUCGCCUGGAGCUGGUGGGCUGUGAGCUCAAUGUGUACUCAAACGCUUCAGGUUGCUCAGAGCCGAUGGGCAUGAAGUCCCGGCUGGUAUCCGAUGACCAGAUCACAGCCUCCAGCACAUUCCGUACGUGGAACAUCGAUGCUUUCAGCUGGUACCCCCACUACGCCCGACUGGACAAGCAGGGCAAGACCAAUGCCUGGACCGCCGACACCAAUAACAGAUCAGAGUGGCUGCAGGUGGACCUGCUGUCCCCCAAGAAGAUCACAGGAAUCAUCACGCAGGGAGCCAAAGACUUUGGCAAUGUCCAGUUUGUCUCUGCAUUCAAAGUGGCUCACAGCGAUGACGGGCGGUCCUGGAUCGUACUGAAGGACGAGACCACAAAGAUGGACAAGAUCUUCCCUGGCAACAGCGACAACAACGUGCACAUGAAGAACCUCUUUGAGCCAGCGUUCUAUGCCCGAUUUGUGCGCAUCCUGCCGUGGGAAUGGCACGAGCGCAUCACCCUACGGAUGGAGCUCCUGGGGUGUGACGAGUAGCCGACCCGCCUGCCUACCUUCCCAUCCGCCGUCUUUUCUCUACCUCCAUCACAAUGCGCCAAGUCCUCCACUUCUUCUCCCUCCUCCUUCCGCACUGUCUCGCUCUUGGCCCUAGAGGGCAGCAAACACCGGCGUUCGGCGAGAGGGGCGAUUUAGUGAUUAACCACUUCAACAUCAGGCCACCCAACAGUAGCUGCCUGGACUUAGAACCCCUAACAGGACCCCCAGCCGGUGAUGUAUACAAAGUUUCCACUCCUACUCUUCUUCUUUUUCUUCUUCUUCUACACUUGUGUUUGAGUAAAUAUUUGUUCAACCACAACAUUUUCGGAGAGCUUGCAAAUUGUUAUCGUGCGGUUCAUCACAUUGCAGACACAAUAAAUUGUGUCAGCUGUCAAAGCGGUGGCCAAAAUGAAAAUUUUGCUGACUCCACCAAAAAAAAAAAAGUUAUUUGGUCACAUGCUUGAGCUGAUUGGCGUCGCAGUUAGUUGAGCAGCUGACUGUUGUUGAUGAUUUGAUGUUUAACUCCUGUUUGUUCAUUUGUCUCGUCUUGGACGGGCUGUUUGAAGCACACGGACAUUGUUACUCUCUGAAGACACCCCCCCCCCCAAAAAAAAAAACCCUGACACAGCUGUCACGUCAGCACUGACAAAGUAUUCAAGCAGCAGCAAAGGCGCCGUGAAUGCUACUGAAACAUUUCACAUUUCACCACUGUUAUGGCACUUUUGAUGUUUGCAUAUAUGAGAACAUUAUGGAGGUAAACCAAGAUGGCUUCUUUUUCCAUUUAGAACUUAAUUGCUUUUAUUCACUCUGUCCUCCGCAAGCUAGCAAGCAAGACUCCCUGCUGAGAAGAGCCAGGAUAGCAAAUCAAAGCAGAUUUUUUUUACGCUCGCACCUCCUGAACAUCCACCUACCCCCCACCUUCCUCCAUCACCUCGUCUUUUCCACCCCAUGAAUUAUGAAUUAUGGGCUCGUGCAAUAUUAUGCCGCGUUUGCUUUGGAUAACGAUGCGUAUUAAUGCGGCGUGCAGACGAGAUGGCUUAAAAAAUGCAUGAAGGGGGAAGGUCGCCAAUGUCAAACACUGAAAGACGCGGCAAGGUGCGUCCACUGAGACAAUUCAGCAACACACAUGUAAAUAUUGAUAUUCUGAUAUUUCCCUUCCUUUUUCUAUCAUUCUACUUGAUAUUGAUGUCAUUUGAUGGUGUUUUUGUCCUCUUUCCUGCUAUGCUGUCAAUAUGGACCGACUCUCAUUGAUCCGAGUCGCGUGUUUCUGAGGCAAAGCCCUUUGUAUUGUUUCAACAAAUAUAUGAAAAUAAAUGUUUCAAACUUGCA